AUGAACAAGAAUUGGUUGGAGACAGUUUUAAAGAAGUACGACCGCGACAGGAGCGUUGCGAAUUUGGUGAGCGUCGAAUGCGAGCCGGCUGCACCCAAAGGUGCCAACUACUAUAGCCUCAUUCUGCGCGCAAAGUUCAAGUUGAUACUUCGUUCGGGCCGUGAGACAAGCAAAACCGUCAUCAUCAAGAAGGUCAUCGAGGCUGAAGAACAAGUCGAGCUGCUCGCUGAGUACACUGUUUUUAAAGUCGAGACCAAACUUUUUACAGAAAUCCUGCCCCACAUGGAACGUCUGAUGGAGGAUCACCAUGACGGGGGAGAAAAACUCUGGCCUGAGCUGAUCGGCUACAACCCUUACGACACAAUUAUAUUUGAGGAUUUGAACGAAUUAAAUUAUUAUGUAGCCGACAGAAGAGAGUGUCUUGACCUAAACCACGGUCUACUCGUUUUGAAAAGUUUGGGCCGUUUCCACGCCAUGUCUCGAAUCUUGCUUCAUAAGGGAAUGCUUUCUAGCGACGAUCUGAAGCCGAUGUACCUAGCAUCCGAUUCUAAAUUGACAAAGAGGAUCGUAGAGGGCGGCCUAACUCAAGUCUCCCAGGUCAUGGCGUCUUCCUGGCCUCCGGAAUGGAAGGAAACCGCUGACAGGAUAGCUAACGAUGUCGAGGGAGCAUGCUUGCGGAUCAGGGACCUGGCGAAGAUAAACGAGGAUACCUUCCUGGUUCUCAACCACGGGGAUUGUUGGAUUUGCAACAUUAUGUUCAAGUACAGUCCAAUUGACAAAAAUCAACCGAUAUCUUUAAGAUUUAUCGAUUUUCAAAUGAGCCAUUACAACUCGUACGGCUGGGAUCUGGUCUAUUUCAUUUACAGCAGCAUAAAAGCCGAAGAUCGCCGUUGCAGCUACGACAAAUUGUUGGCCUCUUACCACGAGUCUCUGGCAUCGACUUUAGAAUUUUACGGCAUGGCCGAAGACGUGCCUACCCUCGACGACGUCAAAAAGGAGAUCGAUCGUCUUGACUACUUCGCUUUUAUGGUCAUCACAUGCAUAUAUCCGGUGGCCUCGGCGGACACGAACGAAGCUUUCGACAUGGAAAAGAUGAAAGACGUAGAUUUUUCAACUGCCUAUAACCCCGAGAUAUACAGAGCGGAAAAAUACAGGGAAGCCGUCGGCGAGGAGAUAAAAGGAUAUAUUAAACAAGGGAUUAUUUACUUCCAAGUCAGCCACAUCAAUUCGUACAUCUGGGACAUAAUCUACUUCCUUUACUCCAGCGUUAAGAACGAUGUCAGGAAAAAGCACAUGACAGAUUUUUACAAAGUCUACUGGGAAUCGUUGAGGAGUAACUUGGAAUUUUUCGGUUUCGAUGGCACCCCACCUACUUUCGACGAUGUACUGAAGGAAACCAAAAGAGUGGACUAUUUCGCCUUUUGCGUCGUUGCCGUUUUACGGCCUAUCAUGAUGUCGAAGACCGACAAAGCUUACGACUCGGAAAAACUCAGUAACUUGGAAGACGCAGUCCAUGUUGUCCAAACGGAAGUCAUUGAAACUACCAUAGAAAAUUGCGCAUACGUCUUCAUAGCCUUCAUGGAUAAUGGGACUAUAAUUCUACAACAUUUUGUUUUAGAAAUCUGGCCGAAGCGGAUUGCUCUCGUCAGUCUGGGCCUACAAGGAAAGAUCGCAAUGGACUCCAACUGGUUCGAAGCCGUUUUGAAAAAGCAAGAAUAUGAAAAGAGCACCUUACGUGUCGUCAGCGUCGAGUUGGAAGACGCCGUACCAGCGGGUGUCAACUAUGCCAGUGUCAUUAAACGUGCGAAGCUGACUGUGGUUCUAGGUUGCGGAAGGACGGUAACAAAAACGGUCAUCAUCAAGCAGUCCCACAUCGGAAAAAAAAUGGACGUUAUGUUAGAAUUUGAUGUUUUUAGAAUGGAAACUAAAUUGUAUCGUGACGUGUUGAGUCAAAUGGAAAUCCUACUGGACCAGUUCAACGACAGGAGGGGGAAAAUGUGGUGUGACAUGUUGGGUUACGUGCCAUACAAGACCAUCGUAUUCUCAGAUUUAAAGAACGAAGGGUUUACGAUGGUUGACAGAAAAAUCGGUCAGGACGAAAACCACGCCAACCUUGUCCUCAGAUGUUUGGGAAGGUACCAUGCAAUGUCCAAAGUCCUGUUGGACAAACGGAUUAUAACUGACAACGAUACAAACCAGUUUUUCCUCGGAGUGGAAUCAUUAAUUUUGGAACACAUGGUGAAAGGUGGAGUAAGAAAUGUUGCCAAGACAAUUAAAGAAAUUUCGUCUGGAGAGAGGGUCAAAGUUGCAGAGCGAGUAGAGGCUCAAAUUGAGGUCGCUCAAGAGAAGUUGAAAGCGAUCAUCCACGAAAAAUCGGACUUUAAAGUACUAAACCACGGUGAUUGCUGGAAUUGCAAUUUGAUGUUUAAAUACGACGAGUCUGGUCAGGACCCGACAAGUUUAAGAUUUCUAGACUUCCAAGUCAGCCACAUCAAUUCGUACAUCUGGGACAUAAUCUACUUCCUUUACUCCAGCGUUAAGAACGAUGUCAGGAAAAAGCACAUGACAGAUUUUUACAAAGUCUAUUGGGAAUCGUUGAGGAGUAACUUGGAAUUUUUCGGUUUCGAAGGCACCCCACCUACGUUCGACGAUGUACUGAAGGAAGCCAAAAGGGUGGACUAUUUCGCAUUUUUCGUUGUUGCCGUUUUGCGGCCUAUCAUGAUGUCGAAGACCGACAAAGCUUUUGACUUGGACAAACUCAGUAAUAUGGAAGACGCAGCCAAUGCUGUCCAAAAGGAAGCCAUUGAAACUACCAUAGGGGAUUGCGAAGACGUCUUCCUAGACUUCAUGGAAAAUGGAACUAUAUAAUUUUAAAUUUUCUGUUAAACAUCUUAACAAUAAUAUAAAAAAUAUAUUUUUUGCUAACUAAUCUAAA